GAUCCUGGCGGUGGUCUCACAAGCAUGACCACGAAGAGGCCUCAGUCCUUCCUCUUCUCCAUGCAGGCUUCAACAGGAGAUUUAUGGAAAAUAGCAACAUAAUUGCUUGCUAUAAUGAACUGAUUCAAAUAGAACACGGGGAAGUUCGCUCACAGUUCAAAUUACGGGCCUGUAAUUCAGUGUUUACAGCAUUAGACCACUGUCAUGAAGCCAUAGAAAUAACGAGUGAUGACCACGUGAUUCAGUAUGUCAACCCAGCCUUCGAAAGGAUGAUGGGCUACCACAAAGGUGAGCUGCUGGGGAAAGAGCUGGCAGAGCUGCCCAAAAGCGACAAGAACCGGGCAGAUCUUCUCGACACCAUCAACACGUGUAUCAAGAAGGGAAAGGAGUGGCAGGGGGUUUACUACGCCAGACGGAAAUCCGGGGACAGCAUCCAACAGCACGUGAAGAUCACCCCAGUGAUUGGCCAAGGAGGGAAGAUUAGGCAUUUUGUCUCCCUCAAGAAGCUGUGCUGCACCACUGACAAUAACAAGCAGAUUCACAAGGUUCAUCGUGAUUCAGGAGACAAUUCUCAGACAGAGCCUCAUUCAUUCAGACACAAGAACAGGCGGAAAGAGUCCAUCGAUGUGAAGUCUAUAUCGUCUCGAGGCAGUGAUGCACCAAGCCUACAGAAUCGUCGCUAUCCGUCCAUGGCGAGGAUCCACUCGAUGACCAUCGAGGCUCCCAUCACCAAGGUUAUAAAUAUAAUCAAUGCAGCCCAAGAAAACAGCCCAGUCACAGUAGCAGAAGCCUUGGACAGAGUUCUAGAGAUUUUACGGACCACAGAGCUGUACUCCCCUCAGCUGGGCACCAAAGAUGAAGAUCCUCACACCAGCGAUCUUGUUGGAGGCCUGAUGACUGAUGGCUUGAGAAGGCUGUCAGGAAAUGAGUACGUGUUUACUAAGAAUGUACACCAGAGUCACAGCCACCUUACGAUGCCAAUAACCAUCAAUGAUAUUCCCCCUUGUAUCGCUCAGUUACUUGAUAAUGAGGAAAGCUGGGACUUCAACAUCUUUGAAUUGGAAGCAGUUACCCAUAAAAGGCCAUUGGUUUAUCUGGGCUUAAAGGUCUUCUCCCGGUUUGGAGUAUGUGAAUUUUUAAACUGUUCUGAAACCACUCUUCGGGCCUGGCUGCAAGUGAUUGAAGCCAACUACCACGCCUCCAAUGCCUACCAUAAUUCCACCCACGCUGCAGACGUCCUGCAUGCCACUGCCUUCUUCCUGGGAAAGGAGAGAGUGAAGGGAAGCCUCGAUCAGCUGGAUGAAGUGGCAGCCCUGAUUGCUGCCACAGUCCAUGACGUGGAUCACCCAGGAAGGACCAACUCUUUCCUGUGCAACGCGGGCAGUGAACUUGCCGUGCUCUAUAAUGACACUGCUGUCUUGGAGAGCCACCACACAGCCCUGGCCUUCCAGCUCACGGUCAAGGACACUAAAUGCAACAUUUUCAAGAAUAUUGACAGGAAUCAUUAUCGAACACUGCGCCAGGCUAUUAUUGACAUGGUUUUGGCAACAGAGAUGACAAAACACUUUGAACAUGUGAACAAAUUUGUGAACAGCAUCAACAAGCCAAUGGCAGCUGAGAUUGAGGGCAGCGACUGUGAAUGCAACCCUACUGGGAAGAACUUUCCUGAAAACCAAAUCCUGAUCAAGCGCAUGAUGAUUAAGUGUGCUGAUGUGGCCAAUCCAUGCCGUCCCUUGGACCUGUGCAUUGAAUGGGCCGGGAGGAUCUCUGAGGAGUAUUUUGCACAGACUGAUGAAGAGAAGAGACAGGGGCUACCUGUGGUGAUGCCAGUGUUUGACCGGAAUACUUGUAGCAUCCCCAAGUCCCAGAUCUCCUUCAUUGACUACUUCAUAACAGACAUGUUUGAUGCUUGGGAUGCCUUUGCACAUCUGCCAGCCCUGAUGCAACACUUGGCCAACAACUACAAACACUGGAAGACAUUAGAUGACCUAAAGUGCAAAAGUUUGAGGCUUCCAUCUGACAGCUAAAGCCAAGCCAGGGAAGGGGACCUCUUGAUCUACAAAGGGCAUGGUGAAUCAUAGUAGUAUAACCAAGAGGCUUUCCCUUAUAAUGAAAAUGACAAGUGUAGGUAAAGAUGCUAAUGUUUAAAUAUUUGACCUUGAAUCAUUCAAGUCCCCAAAUUUCAUUUUUAGAACGUUAUAUUCCAUGAAGAAAAAUAUAUGUUCUUUUGAACAAUCACUUAGUGACAGAAUCCUUGGCAAACUACCUUGCUCUGCUGUCAUCUGCUGUGGGCCCUUGUCAAACCAUGGAGCUGUUUCACUGUAAUUAGCAGGACACAAUAAGCAAAGAUUUGGUAUCUGAGAACUCAUCGCCCUGGAGGGUGACCAAGAAGCUUAGCUAGUGUUCAGCUAUCUCUUACCACAAAAGUCACCAUGACUCUUUUCUUGACUAUUCUCCUCAAGAGCAUUGGUCUGAAGGAUUCAUGAGAAGCUUAUCUGAACAGAUAUUUCUAAGAAAAAAACUACCUAAAAUGAGCAAAACAACUAGGACCAAAUUAUUGAUAAACUAAUUAGCGUCACAGCCUCCAAGGCUAGGUGAAUCUUCCUGUUGGUGGUGUGACACCCAAGUUAGAAAACAGCCACAGCCUGGUGAACAACCUCUCCAGACUAGUAUCAGCAGCUGGGUUAGCCCUCUUUUCCAUGGCAGGGAUUCAUCUUAACAGAAAGCUGCCUAUGACAGGGAAGGGAGUGGCAUCUUGUUUGCGGGGAAUCCAUGAGCUUCCCUUAUCUCUGGUUCACAGAGGCAGCCACAAGGCACUAUACUAUAUAAUAUAUAUUUUAUAUAUUAUAUAAAAGCCAUUAAGUCUGAAUGCCCUUGGACAAGCUUUUUUAAAAAAGAAAAAAUUUAUAUACCUUUGCUGUUUAAAAUUUUUAUUCAAACAAUCUAAAUUUUCUGGGUGAGAGCCCAUGGAGUAUGUUGUACCGUGCACCACCUAUACAUAUAUAUUUGGGGAUGGGCUACGGGAAGUUUCAAGGUUCAGAUAUUUUUAACUUAUCUACAUUUGAGGUCAUGCCAUUUGCUUAACGAUGUAAAAAAAAUUGCAAGAUGUGUGUAUAUAUCAGAAAAUAGGCAUAUGAGGCAGUAAAUACUAUUUUCAGCUAUUAAUUGUAUGCUAAAAGCUUCUAAAGCACAAGUGCAUAUUUUUAUACAGCUCUUUUCACACUUUCUGUGAUCUACAUAAGGUCAGAAUUGAGAUUUUCCUUUCUCUUUUACCAGCCAACCCUUCUCUCUGUCUUAUAAAUAUUAGAAACUCAGUAAACAAAAUACUUUCUCUUUCUCUGAACUCCAUGCUGCAUUUUUAAAAGGUGUAAACAGAGACUGAAUUAAUUGAACCAGUUGUUACUUUUUUCCAAAUGAAAAUUGGAAUGCAGAACACUUGGAACUGGUACACGGGAAGAAGAAAAUGACUUACCACUAUGUAAUGUGCCAAUGUGUUUUUCUAUGUUUUGUAUGCAAAAUGGAAACAUAUAUGACGACUCCAUGCAAAGAAAUGUAUCUAAAUUAUUUUUGUUAGAUUAUAAGAGAACUUGCUUGGUCAGGACAGGAGCCAGCUUUGUAUUAUAAUGCUGCAUUAUGUAAAUGUGAAAUAUGAAAAUGUUUUUGUGAAGUACUUGUAACAAAAUUCCUACAGCCAUUUUUCAUUCCCAACAGCUGUUUUUAUUUUAUCUCUUUGGCCUAAAUUUUUCAUAAUUUCAAA